GUGUGUGUGGUAGUGUGUGUAUGGUAGUGGUAGUGUGUGUGUGGGGGAAGGCUUGUUAGCGAGAUAAACAAGCAGCCAGCCAGCAGCACAGAGCAGUCGGAGGAACAUGGCGGCAGCACAGUCAGCUAGCAGUAUGUCUGUUUCCCCUCAACGGAAGGUCAGACCGGGUUUAACACACGGGAUUUAACACAACACAAGCGACGGAAAGUUACAAGUCACGCUGAUAUGCAGUGAGGAUGAGUGGUGUCGGUGAAAACCUCUCGGACCCUGCUGCCAGGGACGAGUCACGGAAACGCAAAGAAUGUUCCUCUGACCUACUGGGUCCCAGCCUCAAACGAAGCAACGAGAAGAGAAACCGCGAGCAUGAGAACAAGUACAUUGAGGAGCUGGCCGAGCUGAUCUUCGCCAACUUCAACGACAUCGAUAACUUCAACGUCAAGCCUGACAAAUGUGCUAUCCUGAAGGAGACUGUCAGACAGAUACGCCAGAUCAAGGAGCAAGAGAAAGCAGCAGCAGCCAAUGAGGAGGAGGUACAGAAGGCGGAUAUCUCAUCAACGGGCCAAUCCGUCAUCGACAAAGAGGCUCUCGGACCAAUGAUGCUGGAGGCCCUGGACGGGUUCUUCUUCGUGGUGAAUAUGGAGGGUAACAUUGUGUUUGUGUCUGAGAACGUGACCCAGUACCUGCUGUAUAACCAGGAGGAGCUGAUGAACACCAGCAUCUACAGCGUCCUGCACGUAGGAGACCACGCUGAGUUCAUCAAGAAACCUGCUGCCCAAGAGCCUGGUGAACGGGGGUACCGUGGUCCAGUGAAGGUCCCAGGAGGAACAGUCACACGUUUAACUGUCGAAUGCUGGUCAACCCUCACAGUGACAACAGGGACGAGACCAACAACCAUGAGGGCAGCAACAGAAAUAUGAAGCCAUGCAGUGUUUCGCUGUCUCCGAACCCAAGAGCAUCAAGGAGGAGACAGAAGACUUCCAGUCAUGUCUGAUUUGUGUGGCUCGCAGGAUGCCCAUGAAGGCGGGGCCAAUUCUUCCCGCGCACGAGAGCUUCACCACCCGCCAGGACCUGCAAGGUAAGAUCACGUCACUAGACACCAGUCUUCUGAGAGCCUCUAUGAAGCCUGGCUGGGAAGACCUGGUGAGGACAAGUAUCCAGAGGUUUCACCUACAGAACGACGGAGAGAUGUCCUUCGCCAAGAGACACCAACAAGAGGUGUUGCAUCACGGCCAGGCAUUCAGCCCCAUCUACAGGUUCUCUCUGUCAGACGGGACCAUCGUGUCGGCUCACACCAAGAGCAAGCUGGUCCGCUCCCCUGCCACCAACGAACCUCAGCUCUACAUGUCUCUACACCUGCUACAGAGGGAACAAUCCAGGUCUGAUCUGGGCCCGGGUCAAGACAUGGGGCCCGGUGGACAGGGGCCAGGGAUCAGCCCCAACCCCUCCAUAACCCCUCCAACCCAGGGGACCCUCUCUGGUUUGGGCCCCCAGGGACAAGACACUACAAUCAGCUCCAACAACACAUUCUGUUCCCCUCCUCAUGGAAGUCCAGGGUCCAGAGAACCAGGGCUCGAACCCAUGGGGCCAGGGUCGGAACACAUACAGGACUAUCACUACGGCUGCGCCCCCCAGCCCAUGGGCCACUAUGGAGGGUUACAGGGAGGCAUGAACCUCCCCAUCCACCCUAACCAGCAAGGGGCUAAUUGGAGGAUGAGCAGCCCGUCUCGAAGCAGCCCUAGCCCAGCCGGAGGGCCCCAUCUGGGGCAACAGAUUUCUAUGUUGUCCCCUAGGCACAGGGCGAGUCCAGGGAUGGCAGGGAGCCCUCGCGUGGCCCCAAGCCUGCACUCGCCCUCCCCUGUGGGGAUGUGUGGGUCUGGAACAGGGGUUGCAGAAGGAGGUAGCGGUCCUGCGGCUAACAGUCAUGCUAACAGCCAUGCUAACAGCCAUGCUAACAGUCAUGCUAACAGCCAUGCUAACAGUCAUGCUAACAGUCAUGCUAACAGUCAUGCUAACAGCCAUGUUAACAGUCAUGCUAACAGCCAUGCUAUCAGUCAUGCUAACAGCCACAGCUACGGCAGUAGUUCUCUGUCGGCCCUGCAGGCUCUGAGUGAGUGUCACGGGGUCAGACAAGGCAGUGGUGGACACACACACCCUCACGGCGCAGGGGGCCAGCAUCCUCAAACACACGCCCUGGGAUCACCUGACAGGAAGACGAUGGGAUCGCCCGCUGGGGUGGCGUUGGGAUCAGGAGUCAACCCUCACACGAUGCCGAAGCUUGGCGGCGGUAAGGGAAAUGGGGACUCUUUGGGCGGAGAGCAGGAACAUGGUCAGGGUGGACAGUAUGACCAGAGACAUACAGACGGGAACGGUACCCACGGUAACCACGCUGACAUCACAGAGGAGAGGGAUGGUCUCGACGGUGGCCCCGACGCACAGAGCCGUAGACAACGCUGUGACAACAAGGGCCACACCAAACUCCUCCAGCUUCUCACCACCAAGUCCCAACCCCUCGACACACCUUUGUCCCCCAACGGAGGAGGGGACCCCAAGGACCCCUCGUCAGGGCUAGGGGGCCCUUACGCUCCAGGGGCCCCAGGGGGCCACGCCACCCUCCCUAAAGGAUAAACACAAGAUACUUCACAGGCUGCUCCAGAACAGCACCUCUCCUGUGGACCUGGCCAAGCUCACUGCUGAGGCCACGGGCAGGGAGCUGGGGGAGCAAGGUGGGUGUGGUAACAGACAGGCGGGACACGGUACGGACGGGAACCUCACACCCAAACAGGAGCCCCUGAGUCCCAAUAAGAAGGACAACGCCCUGCUGAGGUAUCUGAUGGAUAAAGAGGAGGGUGGGAUGAAGGCGAGGCAGGCGAAGACGGAGGGAGCAGGAGGGCAGGUGAAGACGGAGAAACAGGAUUCAGGAUACGACCGCGCUGAACAGGUGAGUGGCCGGAGGAUCA